CUAGGAUAAUCUUUUUGGUAUGGAGGUCACUAAAAUUAUGAUCAUCCCUCUCUAUGAAAACAGUAACUAUCUCCCCUAAUAUACUUAUCUCUGUACUCCUGGUAAACAGGGGAGCGCCUGGUCCUGCUUGGAAGGAAAUGUUACUCAAGCAUUGUAAUAAGCACUGGAAGUGAAAUGCUCUGAGAGACUAAUACCUCUUACAUUGCCAUUCAUAGAGACAAAGGAUUGCCCAUAAAACCGAUUGUGAGACAAAGCAAUCGUAUGACAUAGAGCUGGUAGUAAAUUGAAUAACAAUGCACAUUUCCAAUGCUUCAAUUAUAACCAUACAAUGCGAAUGCGAAGGCCAUCCACUGUCAAUCUCAAUCUCACAACGUUAUGCAGAGAGCGUCGGUUGAAGGAGGCGGUACACAUUCUGCUUUCUACGCACAAUCCCAUUGGAGAUUCUUCAUCAUAUCUUCAACUACUACAGGCCUGCAAUGGCAAAAAUGGGCUUUCACAAGCUUACAGAAGACAUGGGUUUCCUCACGAAGCUAUAACACUGUUUCACCAAAUGCAACGAACGGGUAUCCAACCCGACCAGUUCACCUUUGCCAGCAUACUCCCAGCUUGUGCCAAAAUCAGAGCUUUGGAACAGGGUGUAGACAUCCAUCAAAGAAUAAUUGAAAGGGGUUUUUUGUCAGAUGUCGCGGUAGCAAAUUCCCUGGUAGACAUGUAUGCACGGUGUGGAAGCAUACAGAAGGCAGUUGAACUGUUUGACAAAAUAACUCAAAAAGAUUUGAUUUCCUGGAAUGCGAUGAUUGCAGGAUAUACACAAAAUGGGUUUGUUGAAGAGGCCUUGGAAACUUUUAAGCAAAUGCAAUUGGAAUAUCUGAAUCCAAAUUCCACAACAUUUGCGAGUAUCCUUCCAGCCUGUGCAAAAAUGGGAGCUUUGGAACAGGGUAUGGACAUCCAUAUAAGAAUAAUUAAAAGCGGGUUUUUUUCAGAUAUCUUAGUUGCGAAUGCCCUGAUAGACAUGUAUGCAAAAUGUGGAAAAAUACACAAGGCACGUGAAGUGCUUGACGAAAUGCCUCAAAGAGAUUCAGUCUCAUGGAAUGCGAUGAUUGCAGGAUAUGCGCAGAGUGGUGUCCUUGACGAGGCUUUAAAGCUUUUCAAAGAAAUACCUCAAAGAGAUGUGGUUUCAUGGACUGCAAUGAUUGCAGGAUAUGCACAAAAUGAGUUUGUUGAAAAAGCUUUGGAAAUUUUCAAGCAAAUGCUUUUGGCAGGUGUAAAGCCAGACUCUAAAACCUUUGCUAGCAUCCUCCCAGCAUGUACCAAAAUGGGAGCAUUAGAACAGGGCAUGGACAUCCAUCAAAGAAUAAUCGAAAGUGGUUUUCUGUCAGAUAUUGUAGUUAUGAAUGCCCUUAUAGACAUGUACGCAAAAUGUGGAAGCAUACACAAGGCAUGUGAACUGUUUGACAAAAUGCCUCAAAGAAAUGUGGUAUCGUGGAAUACUAUGAUUGCUGGAUAUACACAAUAUGGGUUUGUGGAAAGAGCCUUAGGAACAUUUAAGCAAUUGCAAUCAACCGGUGUAAAGCCAGAGUCCACAACCUUUGCCAGCAUCUUACCAGCCUGUGCCAGAACGGGAGAUUUAGAGCAAGGUAUGGACAUCCAUCAAUGGAUAAUCGAAAGUGGAUUAUUGUCAGAUGUUGUAGUUGCAAAUGCCCUGAUAGACAUGUAUGCAAAAUGUGGAAGCAUAAACAAGGCAUAUAAACUGUUUGACAAAAUGCCUCAAAGAGAUGUGAUCUCAUGGACUACAAUGAUUGCGGGAUACACACAAAAUGGAUUUGUUGAAGAGGCUUUGGAAACUUUUAAGAAAAUGCAAUUAGCAAGUGUAAAGCCGGCCUCAACAACCCUUGCCACCAUCCUCCCAGCCUGCUCCAAAAUGGGAGCUAUAGAACAGGGCAUGGAUAUCCAUCAAAGCAUAAUUAAAAAUGGAUUUUUGUCGGAUGUCGUAGUUGCCAAUGCUCUGAUAGACAUGUAUGCAAAAUGUGGAAGCAUGCACAAGGCACAUGUACUGUUUGACAAAAUGCCUCAAAAAGAUGUCAUCUCAUGGAAUGCCAUGAUUGCAGGAUAUGCACAAAAUGGCUUUUGCAAGGAUGCACUUGAACUUUUAGAAUUAAUGAAGCACUCUAGAACGUACCCUGACCAUGUAAGCUUCGCUUGUGUUUUGUUUGCAUGCAGCCAUGCAGGUUUAGUGGAUGAGAGCUGUAAUUACUUCAAUGGUAUAAAUGACUCUUAUUGCAUUAAACCUACAAUUGAUCAUUAUAUGUGCAUGGUUGACCUUCUUGGGCGUGCUGGCUAUCUUGAGGAAACAUUAAACUUUAUCGUCAAGAUGCCAAUUAAACCUGUGGUGAUUCUGUGGACAUGUUUGCUUGAUGCCUGUAGAUCAUAUAAAAAUAUAAGGUUAGGAGUAUUCACAGCAACUGUGCUUUUUGAGAUGGAUCCUAGAAGUACUGCAACUUAUGUUCUUCUGUCAAACAUCUAUGCAGAUGUGGGCAGAUGGGGUGAGGUUCAAAAGGUAAGGAGAUUGAUGAAAGAUAGAGGAAUUACAAAGAUACCUGCAUGUAGUUGGAUUGAAAGCCAUAAAAUGAUACAUGCAUUUUCUGUAUAGGAAUUUGAAAAUGCCCAAUCACAGAGAACUAUGCAAAGUUGGAGAAAUUGCAUUUGGAGAUGAAGUUGAAGUAAUUUUUGAGAUUCCAAAUCCAAGACUAAUACUGAAUGAUGUGGUGGGAGAGACAAAACAAUUUUACUACCACCAUAGUGAGAAGUUGGCUAAAACAUUCCCCAUGGAACAGCUAGUAUGGUCAUCAAGAACCUUUGAGAAUGUGUUGACUGCCACACUUCAACCAAGUGGAUCUCCAAGACUGUUGCAAGGAAAUUUGUUUCAAGAGAUGCCAACUGAUACCGUCAAUUCAAACAAGGACAAUCUUCUUAUGUAGAUCAUUGGUGAUGUUAAGUGAAGCAAUUGUAAACAUUGGCCUGCACUAUUGCAAGGUAAACUUUGUAAGACCUGCAGUGAAAAAGAAGAGACCAGGUUUUGUUUCCAGUUCCUAAAAAGUAUGUUUUUCUGUGUUUGGAGAUCUACACAUUGCUGUUGACUUAAUAAAAUCAGAUAUAUAGUAGAAACCGCGCAUCAUUUCUUAUGUAUGCUGAUGGUGUAUUUUUUGAGUCCGUGUUCCAUUAUAGCGUGGAGAUGUCAUGGAAUUGAACUUUUUCAUGAAACCUGAGCACAUUGGAUUGAAAAAUCUGUAGGAAGUGGUGAAGAACAGGAAAAAAGCAAAUGGAGUAAAGCAUGAAAGAAUUGGAAAGAUGAUUGUGCACAUUGGAAUUAGAAAAUGCAGGAGAAAGAAGAGCAGAAAAAAAUGAUUAAAGCUAAGGCAAUGGAAAGAUGUUUGGCACUCGACAUUUGAGGGUGUACAAUCAUCCAAUGCUUGGAGAUGAUGAGGAAAAUGCCUCUUGUAGUUCUUUACUUCAACCAUUGUCAUUUUGUAUGA